AUGGGAAAUGACGAGAAUAAUGAUCAAGGCAGGGGAAGAAAGCCAGGCAAAUUCAAAUCGUUUUUCGGACUGUUCGGACGAAGGAAUUCAGAAGACGCCAGAACUGAGUAUGUUAGUUUUGACUUCUUUUAUUUUUUUAAAUUUAAAAUUUUGAAAUUUUUUUUAUAAAGUUUGCAAGCCUCUUUCGUGAAAAUACUCUUAAAAUUUAUUUAUGUGCCCAGAGGCUAUCAUGCAAAUCAUUUAUGUGACCAGGUUUUACCAUACAAAUUACUAAUAUGACCAGUUUUUAUUGUACAGUCUUUAACGUCUUAUACUGUAUUUUAGGGCAAGGUCACCUCGAGCUCACACACAAAGCCCAGCAUCGCCUGCAAGCGGUACUGUUCGACCCAAAAGCGUGUAAGUCUUUUUAAAUGGUGUUCUAGUUUUCGUCUCUUUAUGAAAAGAUUUUACCUAUGUUAUUUUUUAUUAUAAUUCAGCUAAUUAAAGCAUGGUUGAAAUUGUCAAUGAUAAUAUCAUAAAUUAUAUCAGUCUUUCCCGGAAAGAAUGUUACAAAACUGCACAGUGCAGUUUGAAGGAAUCGCUGUCGCGCCGAGAAUUGGGCGACAAGCGACAAGGUCUGCGACAGUCGCUUGCACCCGGCGACAUCCCAAUGGAAGUCGCAAUGUCGCAAGUGCAAAGCUUUGCGACAAACUGUCGUGUCGCGCUUCGAAUGGCGAUGCGACAGUGUGUCGCGGUUGUCGCAACGCUCAAGCCACAACUGUGUUCAAUGGAAGGAUUGCGACACGUUUUUUUGACUGUUGCAAGUCAUUGAAUCCUGCGACAACCGACCGGUGCGGCACUGAAGGGAUUGCACUGUGCAAUCUUUCCUCACAUCGUUGGCUGUAUCGUGUGAUCGCGCGGGAAAUCUGCACUGUGCAGCGGAAUUAAAAGGGCGCGAUUUUCUCGGGGACUGCACCGUGCAGCUGUAACAUUCUUUAGUGGAAAGACUGAUACUAUUUUUUGAAAAAUUCUCGAUGAUAAUAUCAUAUAUAGUAUCAACUUUUUGAAUAAUACCAAUAAAUUAGCCGCGCUAGAAGCCAUGGUACCAGUCGAGAGAAACCUACAACUCGAGAAGGAAAAAGAUUAAGUGACAGGAACGACAAGAAUGACAAUAAUGAGUUUGACAUCGAAAACAUCAUGAAAGAGGAGAAGACACAACAAAACAUUCUGAAAGAAAAAGACAUCGAAAGGUUCAUUCAGAUUGGCAGAAGGAUAAUUGACGAAGAGCUGGUGAAGCAGACAGAAGAAGAGGAAGCCAAGAAGAGGGAACAGAUAGCUCAAAUGGACGAGGAAGCCAAGAAUGGAAAGUUAGAUCUCAAAGUUAAGAGUGCGUUGGUUUGUUUUUUUUAAAUUAUGGCGCAAAAAAAAAUUUUAUGUUGUUUUACACUUAUCAAACUAAUUUUAGUACGACCAGAACCGGUAGAUGAAAAGACUAAAGACAGAGAAGAGAAAUCUAAUGUAAAGACUGAGACUAGCGUAGUCAAGUCACUCGAGAAAGUGGGUCCACCUUCCGAUUGCAAUGGCGUGGUAAGUGAUACAGUUCAGGUUUAAAAUUGUUGUUCGUUAUAUCAGUCUUUCCACUAAAAAAUGUUACAGCUGCACUGUGCAGUCCCUGGGAAAAUGGCGCCUUUUUUAUUCCGCUGCACAGUGCAGAUUUCCUGCGCGAUCACCCGAUAAAGCCAGCGAUGUUAGGAAAGACUGCACAGUGCAAUCUCUUCAGUGUCCCACCGGUCGGUUAUCGCAGAAGUCAGGGAACUGCGACAGACAAAACAAUCUUGUCGCAAUCCUUCCAUUGAACACAGUGUUGGCUUGAGCGUUGCGACAACCGCGACACGCUGUCGCAUCGCCAUUUGAAUCGCGACACGACAGUCUGUCGCAAAGCUUUGCACUUGCGACAUUGCGAUUCUCAUUGGGAUGUCGCAGGGUGCAAGCGACCGUCGCAGACCUUGUCGCUUGUCGCCCAAUUCUCGGCGAGACAGCGAUUCCCUCAAACUGCACUGUGCAGUUUUGUCACAUUCAUUUCCGGAAAGACUGAUAGUAAAUAUCAGGUUGUUCGAAUAAUUCUGAGCUCCCUAUCCCUAAAAUCUGCUUGGAGCGAAGGCACAAAAUUAUUUGAACAACUUAAUAUAAUAUAUAUGUAAUGCUUUUUACCGAAUUGAAAGUUGUAACAUACAAAUUUCAGCAAUACGCAGUCGAGUAUCGUGUUGUUCAAGGAAAGGUGGUAACCAGAUACGUUCCAAAGAAACAAUGA